ACCCAUGGAGCAUGGGCUGCGCAUGGGCACAGAGAGGGACAUGGGCUGCUCAGCCCUGUCUGGCAGAGCUCUGCCCUCCCAAAGGAUGGUGUCUGUGAAGAGCUUCAUGAAAUAUUCACUGUGCUGCCUGAGUCCCCUGGCUUAAUGGAGCUGCUGGCGCCGGCCAUGCAGCCUCCAGCAGAGAGGGCACUGGGGCCUUCAAGGUCCCCCCCAAGCCUGCGGGUGAGGAGGUGACAUUUCACAGCUGCUUCCUGCUCGGGAGCACCCGUGUCUGUGUUCCUGGUGCAGUGGUGAUAACUUGUUUGAGCUUCUCUUCAAGAAGAGCUGGUGGUUCAGUUGUGUUUUGGAAGGGCAGCUUGCAGCACGACCUGCUGUGGUGACCCAGGAUCAUCUGACCGCUCCUCACCAUCUCCUGCUUCUGCUCCUUGCUUGGGCACCUGGAGCAGCAGCUUUGCUGUCAGGUGUGUGUCCAGUGGCUCCUGUUUGAGUGCGGUUGGUUGGACGCCACGGCAAGCAGGUACCUCUGAGCUGCAGGACCCGCGGCACCCAGGCGACUGGGGGGAGCAGAGGGUAAAGGCAGGAGUGGGUUUCUCUCCCUCAGCUUCCCCAGUAGAGAGGGGACACCCUUCCUGCUUCUUCAUCUCUCCCCAGAAUGGAGGCUGUUCUCACAUCCCUUCUCCUCAAGCUUUCUUUAGCCCACAGGAGGCAGGUCCUGAGAGGCUGAGCACUUUGUGAACUCCCUGAGGACAAGAACACCUUUUUCAGUCAGACUUUAGGUUUACUUAAGUGUUUUUAGAUGGAGAACAGAAAUGUCACAUAAUUACAGUAUUUAAGACAGGUUCAUGCAUACACUCGGUACCUCCUGCUCCUGCCUCCUGGCAAUGGUUCAGCGCCCUCGAAGCUGCAAAUCCCCAGGCUGAGGAGGAGGUGAUUUGCCACCAGUGCAGUCACAGUGGGGAGGCCAAGGGGCUUCUGUGUGCAGAAGCUGCUCCCUGGUGCUGGUGUGCAUGGGAGAAGGUGGCAGGGCUUUACAGAAGAGGAGCUGCUUCAUGGGCAGAGGGCUGCUGCUCUGGAGGGGUUUGGCUGGUGAUAGGGGUGAUGUUGCUUUGCUGCUUGCUCAGGGGUCAAUCUGCAGACCCUAAAAGUGUCACAGGCAAAGAGCAGCUCCUUGUACAGUAUGUGCCACCAGCCAGCCCUGCCCAGACUAGGUAACUAUGGCAGUGCCAGAAGCAGAGCACAGCAAUAAAGCUGUUCGUUUGAAAAGGAAAUGAGAACCAGACUAAUUCAGGUCUCCUGCAGUACUGGUGAGCAGCCAAUGGAUGUCCUGGGAGGCUGGGCAGGGAGGAUGGGUGGGAAGGGGUCCAUCCAGUGGUGCUGCUGCCACUGGUCCCUGUGACAUCUCACUGCAGAUGGUGUGAGGAUGCUGUGCCAGAGGCGCAUGCAGGUGGUGCUGGCCCUGUGCUUGCUGCUGGUCCUGUGGCAAUGCUUCCAAGCCCCCAGGGGUGGCAUCAGCCCCUUCCCUCAGGCUCCUUCCCACCUUGGCGCCCCUGCUGCCUACUGCACCACCAGCACCAACAGCUCCACAUGGUUCAAUGCCCGCUACAACACGACCAUGCGGCCUCUGCUGACAGGCACAGCCCAUGAGCUCUCCUCCGACGUGGUUCAGUGGUGGCUGACACUGCAGGGUCCCUCAAGGGGUGUCCAGCUCCAGGCCAUACUUUGGCAGCUCUUCACUGUGCUCCCAGCUCCAACCGGCAGCAUGUGGGACCCGAAUCACUGCAGGACUUGUGCGGUGGUGGGGAACUCCGGAUGGCUGAAGGGCUCCGGCCAUGGGCUGCGGAUUGAUGCGCACGACUGGGUGCUGAGGAUGAACAGGGCAAAGAUUGCUGGCUUUGAGCUGGAUGUUGGCAUGAGAACAACCCAUCACUUCAUGUACCCAGAGAGCGCAGUGGACCUUGAGCCUGGCGUCCACCUCGUCCUCGUCCCCUUCAAGCCACUGGACCUGCAGUGGGUGGCCAGCACCUUCUCCACUGGAGAGCUCACACACACAUACAUGAGAGUGAAACAGUUCAUCAAAGCAGACAGAAACAAGGUGCUGAUCCUGAGCCCAGCUUUCCUCAAGUACAUCCAUGACAACUGGACGCAGCACCACGGGCGAUACCCCUCCACCGGCUUCAUAGCCCUGCUCUUCGCCCUGCAUGCCUGCCAGCAGGUCUCCGUGUUUGGCUUCGGAGCAGACACCAAAGGGAACUGGCACCACUACUGGGAGAAAAACCGCUGGUCUGGAGCCUUCCGCAGGACAAGGGUCCAUGACGCUGACAUCGAAUUCAGCCUUAUCGAGAGACUGGCAGCUGAAGGCAGGAUUUUAUUCCACAGAUGAUGCAUUUCCAAAAGACUGAAGCCAGGCUGUUAGUGCAGGAACUGGCAGCUCUCCCCGCUCUUUAGCUUGCUUGCACUGGCCCCAUCAGCUGGGCACUGUGGGUGCCACGCUCCCAUGUCACGAGAUGUUGCACACGGCUGGAC